UGCCCCGUGCUCAAGGGCCGCGUGCAGAAGAUCCUCUACUGGCGCUGGGGGGAGCCGCCGGCACCCGUGGGUGCCCCCGCCGACGGGCACCCCAAGGGGCUGCAGGGCCGCUCCGAGCGCGAGUUCUUCGUCAAGUGGGUCGGCCUCUCCUACUGGCACUGCUCCUGGAUCAAGGAGCUGCAGCUGGAGAUCUUCCACCUCGUCAUGUACCGCAACUACCAGCGCAAGAACGACAUGGAGGAGCCGCCGGCGCUCGACUACGGCUCGGGCGACGACGACGGCAAGGGCGAGCGGCGCGCCGGCCGCGGCGCCAUGGAGGAGCGCUUCUACCGCUACGGCAUCAAGCCCGAGUGGAUGACGGUGCACCGCAUCAUCAACCACAGUGUGGACCGCAGGGGCCAGUACCACUACCUGGUCAAGUGGCGGGACCUGCCCUACGACCAGGCCACGUGGGAGGAGGACGAGAUGCCCAUCCCCGACUACGAGCUGCACAAGCUGGCCUACUGGAGACACCGGGAGGUGUUCAUGGGUGAGGACCCCGCGCAGCCCCGGCGCUACAAGAAGAAGAAGAAGGAGACGCCGGGAGAGGGACCCCCGGAGUCACCCACCAACGACCCGACGGUGAAGUACGAGGCGCAGCCGCAGUUCAUCACGAUGCCCUGUCCACGGGUGUUCUUGUCCGUGGGUGUUCCUGUCC